UUGUGUAUUGAAGGGAAGCAUGAUUCAUCACGAUGAACAGGUAUAAAAGACAUAAGAAAAUGCUUCAUCGAUACCCACAACUCAUUUUGCUCAGCACCAACAAGAAGUCGUCAGAACCAUGAAAAUCGCGAUCGCAUUAGCGUGUUUGUUGGCAGUAGCUGCAGCCUUAGACCAGGCUGAACUAGUUGAUCAGAUGACCGACUUGGAUGCUGCUGAGGGCAAAUUCGGUGCGUACGGUGGUUACCGUGGAUACAGCGGUUACGGGGGCCGUGGCGGAUAUGGAGGACACAGCGCCUAUGGAGGAUAUAGUGGACACAGCGGCUAUGGAGGAUAUGGGGGACAGAGCGGACAUAAAGCCCGAUACGGACGCUCCGUCGAAGAAGAUGCCGUUGCAGACUUGAAUACAGCUGAAACUCGUAGAACCAGUUCCGGAGCAUAUCGUACGGCAUCCAGUGGAAACUACGGAGGAUAUUAUGGAGCAUCAAGCGGAAACUACGGAGUACAUUAUGGAGCAUCAAGCGGAAACUACGGAGGAAAUCGUGGAAGAAGCUACGGUACAUAUCCCAGUGGAAACUACGGUGCAUACGGUGGACGCUAUUACGGCUAAACACAAUCUUCCACGAACAUUCAACUUACCAUUUCUAAACGACAACUGUCAAUCAAAAUGUUACCGGCACUGUGGCACUUAUAUACUCUGCCUUAUCGGAUGUUUCCGUUAUCAACUUUUUUUUUGUGUCAAUAAACAAAAAGCAAUUUUUA